AUGAUGCAAUCCACACCCUCAGGAAAGCAGCAGAAGCCACACGCAGUGCUGCUGCCAUGUCCUGCACAAGGCCAUAUCAACCCAUUUAUGCAGCUAGCCAAGCUCUUACACCUCCAAGGUUUCCACAUAACAUUCGUCAACACCGAGCACAACCAUAGGCGCCUGGUCCGGACCGGAGGGCCCGAAGCUGUGAAGGGUCUCCCUGAUUUCCAGUUUCAGGCCAUUCCUGAUGGCUUGCCGCCUUCAGACAUCGAUGCCACUCAAGACCCUGCUGCACUUUGUUACGCGACGCAGAAUUACUGCCUGGAACCCUUUCUGGAACUAAUUGACAAAUUGAAGUCAUCUCCUGAUGACAUCCCACCUGUUUCUUGCAUAGUAUCAGAUGGAGUGAUGACUUUUGGGAUUAGAGCUGCUGAAAUUUUGGGGGUCCGGCAUGCUACAUUCUGGACUGCCUCAGCCUGUGGCUUCCUGGGAUAUUUGCAAUUUGAUGAACUCAUUAGAAGAGGCAUAUCUCCUCUCAAAGAUGCCAACUUAGUGGAUGGAACCCUUGAAAGUCCUCUAGGCUGGAUUCUUGGAAUGAGAAACAUCCGACUGAGGGAUCUGCCAAGCUUCGCAACGACGAUGGAUGUCGAUGAUGUAGCUUUCCAUUUCGUCAGAACGGAAACCAGGAACUGCUUGAAAUCAUCCGGCGCAAUCAUCUUCAACACCUUCGAUGCAUUUGAAGAGCCCGCGCUAGAAGCAAUCAGAACAAACUUUGGUGAUCAGGUGUAUAAAAUUGGUCCACUCCACUUGCUUGGCAAGGAAAUGUAUGAACCCGAAACCGAAUCCAAGUCGAUUAGUCUGAAUCUCUGGAAAGAAGACCUCAAAUGUACGGAAUGGCUCGACGAAAAAGAGCCUCAAUCAGUUGUGUAUGUGAACUAUGGGAGCAUGGCGGUUAUGUCUGAUGAUCAUUUGAAGGAAUUUGCGUGGGGGCUUGCAGAAAGCAAACGCCCAUUUCUCUGGAUCAUACGAUCAGACAUCGCAAUGGGGAGUUCGGCUAUCUUGCCGACAGAGUUUCUGGAGGAAAUCAAAGGACGUGGGUGUCUCGCCGGUUGGUGCCUGCAGCAGGAAGUGCUUUCACAUCCAGCUGUGGGCGUUUUUCUGACCCAUUGCGGUUGGAACUCUACGAUGGAGAGCGUCUCUGCUGGCGUUCCCAUGAUCUGCUGGCCAUUUUACGCGGAACAACAGACUAACUGUAGAUAUGCUUGCACGGAAUGGGGGAUUGGUGUCGAGCUCAGUCAGGAUGUGAAGAGGAAUGAGGUUGUGGAUGCCGUUGAAGAGAUGAUGAAUGGAGAGGCAGGGAAGGUGAUGAAGCAUAAGGCUUUGGAGUGGCAAAAGAGAGCGAGGGAAGCCGUUGGUGUGCAAGGCUCGUCGUUCGAAAGUUUUAUGCAAUUUCUUCUCGAUUAUGAUCACAAGAAUAAACACAGGCUCGCGGGAAGUAUUUAG